GGCCGAACUGAGCUCCACAUUUGAGUUGAAACCAGGCAUGAGAGUAGUGGACUUCAUGGAUUAGGCCGAGGAGUUUGCAGACUUUGAAACCAGGUUUGGGUUACAAAAUUAGUUUCUCCUGGGAUAUUGGAAAUUUUCAUUCUUUUAACAAUUUCUGAACGAAGUGACUGGAAAGUGCCUACUUUUUGACUGGCCCACCAAUUUUACGGGUGUUUGGUUCGUGUCGCUUGAACAUGUCUGAAAGAUCCCAGAGCCCCGCGGCUGAGUGCCAGAGUCGACCAUAUGAUUUCAGUCGAGCCAACUUAUGUCCACAGGGCUUGGGGCAAGAAUCUUUCCAGACAACACCCGGUCUCCUGGCGGACCCCAACCUGCUCUACAACAAGUCCGCAUACGGUGGAAUCCCCUCGCAGGCUUUCUUUCCUUUUGCCCCAAUGGGAAGUGACUAUCGUGGAUCGGACCAACAGCAGGCCGUGGACCUGGCCCAACCGAAACCCUGGUACCCGUUUGCAGCGCCCGACUACGUGAGCCAAGUACCUGGCGCAGCAACAGCCACACAGCCCGCCAACUUGAGUCCCCCGAUCGCCCAGACUCCACAGGUCAAGCUACCUGAGAUCAAGGUGGAGAAGGACAGCGAGGAGGACUACUCUGCAGAGGUUAAGAUUCAACAGUACCCCACCCCUCCGACCUUGUCUCAUGGGGUCUUUUACUCUGCCCCCUGGAAUCCAUCUUUUUGGCCUGGGCUUGCGCACAUUACGCCCCGGGACAACAGUAGCGGUCAGAAUCCGUCCACACCAUCCUCCGCGUCAUCUCCAUCCAUGUCCCCUUCUCCCCCGAGCAAUGGCCAUAACGGGAAUGCGUUUUUCGGGAGUGGGACACUCACGCAGGGUGUCACCGGGCACCAGGGCCAGAAUCCAGCUUCAUCAGCCCGGAGCAGCGGCUCUUCCAGCGGCGGCUGCAGCGACUCCGAGGAGGAGAGUCUCACCACGGAGGAGCUGGAGCAGUUUGCCAAAGAGCUCAAACACAAGCGCAUCACUCUGGGCUUUACGCAGGCCGAUGUUGGACUGGCCCUAGGAAACUUGUAUGGAAAGAUGUUCAGUCAGACAACCAUUUGCCGCUUUGAGGCUCUACAACUGAGUUUUAAAAACAUGUGUAAACUGAAGCCCCUGCUCCAGAGAUGGUUGAAUGAGGCUGAGACUUCAGAAAACCCCCAGGAUAUGUAUAAGAUCGAACGUGUGUUUGUGGACACCAGAAAGAGAAAAAGGAGGACAAGUUUGGAGGGAGCAGUACGUUCAGCUUUGGAGACAUAUUUUGUGAAAUGCCCCAAACCCAACACACAAGAGAUCACCCACAUCUCUGAUGACCUGGGACUGGAGAGGGAUGUGGUUCGUGUGUGGUUCUGUAACCGCAGACAGAAGGGGAAAAGGCUGGCACUACCUCUGGAUGAAGAGUGUGAUGGGCAGUACUACGAGCAGAGCCCCCCUCUCAACAUGGCACCCUCUCCUAUCCCCAGCCAGGGCUACGCUGCCCCCAGCUACACCGGAGCCACUUCUGCACUAUACAUGCCCUCCCUGCACAGGCCAGAUGUUCUAAAGCAGGCCAUGCACCCUGGCCUGGUGGGGCACCUGACUGGAUAAACUGUCAGAACCACGGGACUAAAUGAAGAGGGUCACUAACGCCUGAUGCAGAGUCAUGUGAGAAUAUUACUUCAGUGUUAAAUGACUGUACAGACUUUGGUGCAUGAAGUGAAAAAGCUAAAUUUUGUUUUGUACUUGGAUUUUAUAUUUUACCAAUGGGUAUUUUUCUCUAUGUAGUUCUCUAUGAACUCUUGCAGCAAUAAUGAGUAUUAUUGCACAAAAUGAAUGUCUGUAUUUUAAACAUGUGGUUCUAAAUGCGCGUUGAUUAUUAAUUUGCAGUCAAAAAAACAUUGGAAGCAGCCUCAUUUGAGGAACUGAUGUCAGGUGUCUUUAACUUUUUUUUAUAUGAUAAAUGUUCACUGCGGAUGUCUUGUUUUGUCAGUGCUAAUUUAGCAGGAAAUCUACCUCAUGUGACCUCAAGUGUCAAUGGGACAAACUGAGUGCCUUACUAUGUGUGAACACUUGUCAAUAGAUUGUAAAUGGACUUAAAUUAUUUAUUGAAACUGUGGAACAGCUGCACAGGUAUGUUGUCUGCUCUGUAGUCUUUUUACUUGCUGUCCAUAUCUUCACAUAAAAUUCUGACAGUAAACUCUUUGCACAUUUCCA